ACUACGAGCCGAGUUCGCCGCCGACCACGACCGUCUGAUGGCGAACCUGCAGAACGCGGCCGGCGCCGGUGUCGCCGCCUCCCGGCCGAAGCAGGCACUGGAGUGUUUCCGGCGGGCCGCGGCGCUGGGGUCGCCGUCGGCCUGGUUCAACACGGGUGUCUGCUUCCAGCAGGGGCUCGGCACGCGCGUGGAUGUGGAGAAGGCCGCCGUCUGCUACGAGGAGGCGGUCCGGCUGGGCCACGCCGCCGCCGCCUACAACCUGGCGCUGCUGCUGGCCGGCGGCGCCGUCCUGUCCACAUGCGACGUGACGGACCUGCUGCGGCGCGCGGCGGACGGCGGCUGCGCUGAGGCCGCCGCCUUCCUGCACACCUGGUGCCGGUGGUGCGACGACCUGGAGGACGGCGAGGCAGAGGAUGGCGGCGCGGUGCCGUCGCCGCCCGGCCGGUCCGUAUCGCUGCCGACUCUGGCGGACGGCUGGCCCGGCUGCGGCUCCGGGGCCGGCCGGCCGCCGACGCCGGGCCGCCUGCCCUGGCCGUGACCGGCCUGGCACCGCCGUGGCGGAUGGGCCGGCUGAUGCUCCGGGACCCGACCGCCGGCGCUGAGCCGCCUGCCCUGGCCGUGGCCGGCCUGGCGCCGCCGUGGCGGAUGGGCCGGCUGCUGGCUGUGCGUCUGUGGUGAGCAGAAUGCCGGCUGCGUGUCUGUGACUGUCUGAGUUCCUGCGGACUGCGCGACCGGGACUUCUCAACUGCCGUAGGGAUGUGCGCCCUGGAAUGAUGAGCCCCGUCUUUGUCUGGGAUGGCUCGUCUGCCGCUGCCUCUGCGUCCUGAGUGGCUGGACUUCUAGUGAUGCUCGUGCGAUGGUAUGACGGCUGUGCUGCUGUGCGUAUCAGCGUGGGGCUUCUCACCGUGUGCUGCUGUGCGUGCCAGCAGGGUGUGGUGGCUACUGUUUCUGCAUGUUCGUGAUGACGUGGCGGCUGGGGGCCUGGGCUGUGGGCCCGGGCCUGGGCGGGGCUGGGCCGCUCCGGCGCUGACAUCCGGUCCCAGACAGCGGUGUUCCAGCCGCCUGAAGUCAGCGGCCGGCCCCGGCCUCAAACGCGGGCGCCGCCCUGCGGAUCGGACGGAUCGGGGACGUGGCACCUGACAGGACGGUGUUAGUUCCGAUGAAGUGAUUUUGCCAGCUGUGACGAUAGGGGGCUACAAUCUUACCACUGUGAUCACUUUCCAACGUUUUAUUCUUUUUUCAACUGUUAGCGCUAAGUGUGUACCCGUGUUUGUUCCACGUAACGACACGUGUGGCCAGCAACUUUGCGACGUCUCACCCGGUGGGUAGAGAUUACAAUCCUUGUUUGAUUUGCCAUGGUUGGACCCUUCAGAAGAGUUGGCCCUGCCUGCGAUUCAUAGAUUAUCCCCUUGGCAGUAGCAUUACAAAUAUGCGCCAUUUUGAAACGACCUGCGAUGUGCUGCAAUGCAAUGUGUCCCAGUCAAAAGCGCUGGUUGUCUCGCAGUGCAAUCGUAGCGGCAUGUCACCGCGGAGAUAUGGCGUGGUUGACGACGUUAUCUGCCCAAGCUGUGGCAACUGUAACGUCUUAGGAUUACGACGGCGCAGUCGGGCGUUACACGCAUAGUUGGUAGGUGUCAGGCGUGGUGUUCGUUUGUGGCGACUAAUGUCCACAUCCAGUGGCGUUUGCUGGUUUGUCCUAGUUCUUGGCGAAGCAGGCUCUUUUGUUAACGAUUGCACGGAGUCUAAUUGGCAUGAGGCCUACUGGCGACUUCGGUGGGCGUAAGACGCCACCGUACAAUGGUACAAUUUUAAGCCAGAAUUGUCCGCUUUUGGGCGAUGGCCCUUGGUAUACUGUGCUGUACCGAAACGACGUGCAAUGUACCAGGAUAAGUCAGAAAUACAAACGAACAUUGUG